AUGACUUUGAACCGACUUCCUUUCCAGCAAUCUGACGAUUUUGAUCUUGUCGUGAGCUAUUUCACAGGUUAUGGACGCGAUUUCAUCACGUCGUGCCGAAUCAGCCCGGACGCUUAUUUGCAGGCUGCUCUCCAACUGGCCUAUCGCCGUCUACAUGGCCGUCUGCCGCUCACCUACGAACCCGCAUUAAUGCGGCUCUUUCGGAUGGGCAGAACAGAGACAGUGCGCUCUCUAACACCCGCUAUGGCCGAGUUCAUCGAGUAG